AAGUGACCUUCAAGUGCUCAGCCCCUCCAUAAGAGAAUUUAGCCGCCGUCCUCUGUCGUGGGAUUCCAGAUCAGGGUUCUUCUUGAGACUUGCCGGCGAUCAGAAACAUCCUAAACAGGUUAAUUUUUUUGUAGAUGGCGGAACGACCGUGGGUAGAAGCUAUCUCAGUGGCAUUGGCUGCCACCCUUUUCAGCGCUAUAUUCAACAUCCUCAAUGACUGUGAUGAAACGUAUAACUACUGGGAACCGUUGCACUUUAUUUCAACAUGGGGCGACGGUGGUGGGUUUCAAACUUGGGAAUACUCACCUUCAUUCGCACUUAGAUCAUACUUAUAUCUCUGGCUUUUUGGUUGGCCUUCUUUCCUAUCAUUUUCAUUGGGUCUCCCAAACUGGUUCGCUUUUCUUUCAGUCAGAAUUCUAAUGGGUACGCUCUCAAUCGUAUCCACCACUCUGUUAUCUGUAACUGUAGCAAGUUAUAUUUCUGAAAGUGAUCUUAUUCGAAUGGAGGGUUUAGAUGUAACUACAAAGCGAAUUCUUUUUUCAUUUCUUUUUUCACUUUGUCAUUAUUUGUCCCCAGGCUACUUCUUGGCGUCCACAACGCUUCUGCCAAGUGGGCCAUCGAGCUCCUUAACCGCACUAAUGCUAGCAUUUUGGCUGAGACGUCAGUACUUUUGGGCUGUUGGGUGCGUUGCGAUUACUGGACUUGUUGUUUGGCCUUUCGCUGCCAUCUUAGGACUUCCCUUAGCUGUGGAUAUGAUUAUUCAUAAAAAGUUGAAUUAUCUGGUUAAGUCAUCUAUUCUGUGGGCCCUUUUCCUCAUUCCUCCUCUUGUUGCUGUCGACUCAUUUUAUUAUGGUCGCUUUGUGCUAGCACCCUUGAAUAUUAUCCUGUAUAAUUUAUUCCCACAUAGUAAGCAGGAAAGUGGAAGCGCAUCACAGUUAUAUGGAGUAGAACCGUCCUCUUUUUACAUAAAGAACUAUAUCUUAAAUCAGAAUGUAAUGUGCAUUUUUGCUUUGUUACUAUCAUUGCAUACCAUUUUUAGACUUGUCUUGUGGUUACUUCCUACUAAGAAGUUGCUUAAAACUUGUAAUGAUAAGAAUAAAACUUCGAUAUCUCAGGUCUCUUUCAAAGUAUGCAUGUGCUUGUUGCUUUGGAAUGGCAUAUUCUUUUUGCAGGCCCACAAAGAGGAAAGGUUUUUGUUUCCUUGUUAUCCUCUUAUUGCCAUUGCCUCAACAAUUUUUAUAUUAGAAUUUCUUCCAGUUUUUAUUUGCAAACGCAUAAACAUUAGUUUCCCCAUAGUCGUUUUAUGUUCAUUCAUCUUAUUAAUGAGUGUUUCGCGCAUUUCCACACUUAUACGCUGGUAUAGUUCUCCAAUGUUUUUGGUUAGACAUCUUCCUGUCGUACCGUUACAGUCUCACAAACCUAUGUUAUGUAUGGGGCGUGACUGGCAUCUAUUCCCUAGCAGAUAUUUUCUCCCAGGAGGUGCUGAACGAUGGGAUGUGGGGUUCGUGCAGUCCAACUUCUCGGGUCAGCUACCCGGGCAAUUUGUUCGACCUGCUCCAGGUAGCGUAGUAUCGAGUUCUACUCGGACUGACGGGAAUCAUUUCAACUCUGAGAACCUCGAGGAACCAGACAGAUUCAUUAGAAAUGAGACUUUCAAAUGUAGUUUCAUGUUUGAUCGAGAUUCACCUGUUGCUGAACGUGAGAAACUUUAUAUAUCAGACGUAAAAACUUGGUAUUCUUAUGUCAACCAAAGUAUUAAUGAGCCCACACGAUGCGUUUUGGACCUUAACUUUCUCAAUAUAAGCUCAAUCUUGAACUGUAGAUUUUUGAGAGCAUUUUAUAUUCCGAUUCUUUCUGAAAAAACAAAACCUAAUGUUGCCCUGCAUAUACUUGCUCGUUUUGGUAACGGUUUUGUAUAACUCAUAUGUGUUUGACUAGUCCAUACUUGCUUUGUAAAAUUUUUCUGUGUGUUUAUAUGUACAAGGAGUUGUACACAAAGUGUUUCUGUUUUGUGGUUUGACUAUUUGUCUCAUAAAUUGGAUAUCAGCUGAAUUCUUAUGUGUACUCGUUUUUGUAAUUCGUUUGUGUGACUGAAGCUAAAAUUAGCUUGCAUAAAACUGUAACAUGCUACUCAAUGCUUGUACUAAAAUAUCCGAACA